CAGGUUUUUGAUGCCAGGCAUGUCUUGACGGCUCGAGGAAUGUUUGAGGCUAUAUGUAAGCACAUCAAAUAUGGCACAAAUAAUGGCAAAUUAAGGUAAAGAGACAAGGUGAUAUAUAUAAUAUAUCUUUAUAACAUAAUUUAGCUAGCUCAAGCUGCUCUCUUUUGUUGUUUUGUUUUUUAAUCUUGUGAAUUUUAAACCUUCUUGUUCAUCCAUUGGCGGUAUUUAACUAGACAAAAACAUGAUGGAAAACCUUUAAAUUGGAUGAAACUUAUGCAAGAGGAAUUUUCGAGAUUUAGCUAUGCAAUAGAUCUCCGACAUUAUUAUUAUUAUUAAGGUGGUUUUAUAUAGUGCAGUACCCCAGCCUAGGGCUAGGCGCCCUGCACUUUAAUUGGCAAUUACAGAUGAUUAUAAUUAUUAAAAACAACAAUUGGUAAAAAGCUUGACCUCAUACACCCAAGUACUAUCUACCCCUGUCUAGCCAUGGUCAGCACCCAACCCAAGUACUUUCUACCCCUGUCUAGCCAUGGUCAGCACCCAACCCAAGUACUUUCUACCCCUGUCUAGCCAUGGUCAGCACCCAACCCAAGUACUAUCUACCCCUGUCUAGCCAUGGUCAGCACCCAACCCAAGUACUAUCUACCCCUGUCUAGCCAUGGUCAGCACCCACCCAAGUACUAUCUACCCCUGUCUAGCCAUUAACAGCGCCCAGCAACAUCGACCGUUUUUUAUCAGUUAGAGGGGGUGAGAAUGAGUCGGCAUAGUACAGUUUGAAGAGAUGGGUCUCGGGGGCAGUUUUGAAGGCUGGGAUGGUCUUUACAUUGCGGAUGUGUAAUGGGAGAGAAUGCCAUUGUAUUGGGGCACAGAAAGAGAAAGAUCGUUCACCAUAUGUUUUAGUGCGUACUCUGGAAAGAAAGAAUAUGCGUUUCUGCGGAGGAACGAAGCUUUGGAUGGGCUGAAUGGAAAGAUAGAAGUUCAUUAAGAAAGGAUGGGCAGGAACCAGAGAAAAAGUUGUGACAGAGAACAAACAGCUUGUAAUCAAUGCGAGCCUGUAUAGGCAGCCAAUGAAGUGAGGGAAGUAGAUGUGUAGCAUGAUCACGUUUCUUUGCCUUUAGAACUAACCUAGCAGCUGAGUUUUGAACUUUCUGCAGUUUUUCUAUUUCUGUGAAAUGUUUGGGUGACCUGACAGAAAUGAAUUACAAUAGUCAAGAUGAGUGAGAAAAAAGACAAAAUCUAGUGUUUUUGUUGCGCUAACUGUGAUGAAGUCGUGGAUGGAGCUGAUCUGACGGAUAGCGAUGUUCGCAGAACGACAGAUGUGAGAAAUAUUAUUACUAAGAGACAUGUAAGAAAGAAUGAAACCAAGAUUCCUAGCAGCGGAUGUGAAAUUUAUAUUGGAGCUACCUACAUGAAACGAGAAGGGAAGAGCUGAGUUAGAGGAUGAUUCGUGAUUCUGAAUGAGGAGUGCUUCCGUUUUGUCACUGUUCAGCUUCAACUUGAAGUCAUCCAUGACUUGACAUCACCAAUGCACUCCUGCAAGGUGUGGAUAGCGGAAUUGAAAAGAGAGGGAUGACAUAGGCAAGCCAAGGCUUAUACUUAUAAACUUAUAACUAAUGCUAUUAACUUCAAAAAAUAGUAUUUAUAUUUUAGAUUUCAGUUAAUCGAAAUUCAUUAUUAUAAUUGAAAUAUUAUUAUUAGGCACUUCUACUUCUAGCUUUUGCUCUAAAAAUAUUGACAGAUUUUAAAAAUUAAAUGAAUGUUUUACAUUUCGGCAAUCCUCCGAAGUCCGGCCCCAAAUCAUUUCCAAUGAUUACUCCUUACUUAAAAGUCUUGGGCAUCAUUCUGUUUUGAAAUUCAUGUUUGCGUUAGUGGACGAUUUUGGAUGGAGAUUGUUGGCCAUCGAGAUGCGCAAACACUCAGCGCAUUAUCACUAAUAAGGUGUUACCAGGGACAACUAUCGUCACGGACGCUUGGCGAGAAUAUCAAAAUGUCGGUCAGCUCAACAACGGGAUGUGUGCUCACGCUGUCAUUAUGCACGCUCGUGAAUUUGUUGAUCCAGUAGACCAGGACAUUCACACAGAAACAAUUGAAGGACUUAGGAUGCAAGCGAAACGUAAACUCCGCUAUCAGAGUGGUAGGCCUGCUAGACGCGAUCUGUUUGCCAGCUACUUGGGGGCCUUUCAGUGGCGCAACAGUGACAUUCAGAACGUUUUCGGCUGCUAUUUGCAAAUGCUAUGUCUUCUUCUUCUAUAUCUUAAGGGCCCACGAUCAAUUUAUUGAUCAUUUUGGCUACUAUGAGCUAUGUGCCAAUGAAACAUUUAGUAUUUACUGACUGGUUUGUAAAGAUUGGUGAUUGCAAUUAUUGGACAAAGAGAAAAUGCUGACAUUUUAAUUGCUGGUUGAUUAGAUGAGACAAGAAUGGUGUAAGCAGGUUUCAUAAUAUUUAAUAAGGCAAUCAAUUGCUAUGCUAUAGCUUAUCAAUGUAAAUGUUGUAAAGAUUAAAGAAAAACUAGCAAGACAUUUAUUUACGAUAAUAUUUAGACUUUGUCAAGACUGUAAAUACUGUAAUCAAGUUUUAAAUUGACUCUAUUCGUAGAUUCUAGUUGUUAAAAAUGUUUUAAAAAAAGGUCUAAGAAAGUUUUUUUUAAAAUAAAGCAAUAAAUUAGUUGUUCCUUGCCUAUUUCUAUAUCUUAUAUUUUACAAUGAUUGUUAUUUAUUCAUUUAUAUUAUUUUCUUAGCGUGGGGGAUAGGGGUUAAACAAUUAUUGUUGACGUAAUGAAUUAAGAGGGUCCUUAAAAGAUUGAGAGCUGGUGAUCAGUGGGAUGGAGGGGUGCAUAAAUGGCCUGAAACUUUUUAAAAUAAUUAAUAGACAGCCCCUUAGUUCCUGGUUAGCCUUAAGUCCUUAAGCUAAGAAUUAUAGUCAGUAUAGGUUAAUUGUGGAAUCUUCAAAUCUUUUUUUUUUCAUGUAGGCAAUGUAGGGUUAUCUUCAGUCUUUCAAUUAAAGAAAUUGUGUUGUAAUUUAGGAGCUACGCCGCUAACAAUAAAAAAAUUAUUUCUUUUUUCCCUUAUAAAUUUCUUAGCCAACAGACUGCAAAAUUAUAAAUGUAAUUAUUAAAUAUUUCUCUGAUGACAGUGAACAUGUUUUUAUUUUACAGAUCAUCCAUUACAAUUUUUCCUAAACGCUUAGAAAGUCGCCCAGAUUUCCGAGUUUGGAAUUCCCAUUUGAUACGGUAUGCUGGCUACAAGAUGGACAAUGGGACAGUGAUUGGUGAUCCUGCCAAUUUGACAUUUACUGAGGUAAGAAUUAUUUUAAGUGUUGAUUUCUAAGCUAAAGUAUUUUUAUCUCCUUCUGGUAUUAGUAUAAUGGGAAUUUACUGAUAAGCUUGUUUUGGACAAAACAAUGAUGUACUUGAAAAGUUAAAAAUUAUUUUAAAGAAAGGUUCCUUUAAAACAAUUGAAUUUUAUUUUUACAGAUCUUUGAUUUUUUUUUUAAAAUUUAGCAAUGCAUUAAGCUUGGCUGGAAACCCAAGUAUGGGAAAUUUGAUGUUCUUCCACUAGUUCUUUCUGCUGCUGGAGCAGACCCUGAAGUGUUUGAAAUCCCUCCUAAUCUGGUCUUAGAGGUCAAAAUAGAGCAUCCCCAGUAAGUUAAUUUAAGUCAUGUGUAAUCAAAAUGUUUCUGAGGCAAUAUGCUUUAUAUUUCAGUAACAUUCAAUUGACUGAGGAAAUCUUUAAACAAUUUAAAUAUUAAUUUUAAAGUUAAUUAAUUAAUUAAUUUAAUUAAUAAAUUAAUUUUUAAAAUGUAAACGAUUAUAAAUCAAGAUAUAUUUUUUUAUAUCUGGAAACAAACCAGUUUUCAAGGGCCAAUGUCAUUCACUGCUGAUGGAUUGAUUUGUUAUUUUUAAUGAUUUCCUCAUCUCAACACUGUUUAUCAAUGUAGGUUUAAUUAACAAGUGAAACGUCUACUCCUUAAAGUUGAUCUGGUUGAGGUCAGAUGAUGAGCUUAUAUCUAUUAUUAAAAGUUGAUCUGGUUGAGGUCAGCCGAAGAGCCAAUAUCUUUCCUUUAACGUUGAUCUGGUUGAGGUCAGACGAUGAGCUUAUAUCUAUUAUUAAAAGUUGAUCUGGUUGAGGUCAGCCGAAGAGCCAAUAUCUUUCCUUUAACGUUGAUCUGGUUGAGGUCAGAUGACGAGCUUAUAUCUAUUCUUAAAAUUUGAUCUGAUUGAGGUCGGCCAAUGAGCUAACAUCUAUUCUUUAAAGAUGAUCUGGUUAAGGUCAGACGAUGAGCUUAUAUCUAUUCCUCAAAGUUGAUCUGAUUGAGGUCGGCCAAUGAGCUAACAUCUAUUCUUUAAAGAUGAUCUGGUUAAGGUCAGGCAAUGAGCUUAUAUCUAUUCCUCAAAGUUGAUCUGGUUGAGGUCAGACGAUGAGCUUAUAUCUAUUCUUUAAAGUUGAUCUGGUUGAGGUCAGACGAUGAGCUUAUAUCUAUUAUUUAAAGUUGAUCUGGUUGAGGACGGUCGUUGAGCUUAGAUCUAUUAUUUAAAGAUGAUCUGGUUGAGGAGGGUCAAUGAGCUUAUAUCUAUUCUUUAAAGUUGAUCUGAUUGAGGUCACUCAUGAGCCUUUUUUGUGUGCAUUAAAGAAGGGACUCGCUAAGAGUAACAACAGCAUGAUACAAAUGAUUUCUUUACUGAAUCUAUUUAUUCAUGUUAAUGUUUGGAUAACUUAAUUGAAUUAUUAUGGAAGCUUUGUUUCUCAUCACUUAUAUUUGUAUAUUUAAAAAAAAAUUUUUAGAUAGCAAAGCAUCUACUUGUUUUCUCCCUUAUUCCUUUGAUGUUCCAAAGAUAUCCAUGGUUUGCUGAAUUAGGCCUGAAAUGGCAUGCUCUACCAGGUGUAGCUGGGAUGCUGUUCGACUGUGGAGGAAUUGAGUUCCCAGCAUGUCCAUUUAAUGGCUGGUACAUGGGGACGGAGAUUGGUGCUAGGAACUUUUGUGAUACUAACAGAUACAAUAUAACAGAGGUAAGUCUAAUAGACAUCACAUGGUGGAAGUAAGUCUUUAUGGACACAACAUGACAGAAUUAGGUCCUAAAGCUACACAAAACUUUUUAGACAUUAACACUUUGUCAUUAUAGUGGUGAAAUUAUCAAUAAUAUAGGCCUAUUUAUGUCGUCCAUAUAAAAAUAAGAAAUAGAAAACAUAGAACGUGCACAUAUUUCAGAGAGCUAUUUUAGACUUAAAUAAUGGAAAAACCAAUGGAAAAGGGAAAAAUAACAACUAUAUUUUAUUUAUUAUACUAAACAUAAUACCCCUCUUAAAAUGAGACUUUUUGACAAUUGUAAUUGUUUGUGGCAUAGAAGAUAAAUAAAAUAAAGUACAGGGUUAUUUGGAACAUUAGUAUUUGACUUAUCCCUCUACCCAACCUGAAGCCUCAAAUUAUCUUAAAGAUUAUUUAUUAUUUCCCCUUCCUUCUUUUCUCAGAGUGUUAGUGACUUAUUGAUUGACUUAAAUUGACUACAAAGUAUGUUUUGAUAAAAGUCUGUUUAAAAUAUUUUAAAGAUUCUCUUCUGCAUCUUCAAGUCAACCCUUUGAAUUAAUAAAAAUUUAUUUGUAUGUAUGUGUGUGCUAAAUUAUAAUGGUAAUAAAGAAAAAUAAAUAGUACUUCCCCAUCCUUUCCAUUCAAUGUGUACAUAGCAAAGAUAAAAUUAUAUAUGAUCCCUUAAUUAAUGUAGUGUUCUGUUUCAAUUCUUCCAUCUAUUUUUAUCCAUUUUUUUCUGUUUUAAAUUUCCAUUAAUAUUUUUAAAUUUCACUUGUACAAAGCCCUUUUCUUUUCAUGGGGGUUGUGCUUAACCUCUUUUGUGCACUACAUAUGAGUAGAGGUGUGUUAGAAAUACUCUAUUAGAUGCACCAGAGGAGAGAUAUUUUUUCACUUGUCUAGUCAAGUUCUAAUUAGUGUUGUUGUCUUGUUGAUCUAGUUGUUACUAUUUAUGCAUAUUUGAAAUAUUUCUAUUGAUGUUCAAGUCUUGUUUUAAGUUAUAUUAGCAAUGCAGCCCUGUGUUGUCCUUCAAAUGUAUUUUUUUUAAAUUGAUUGAGUUUGAUUUUUUAUAGUCUCCUGUUUUUUGUUAAGAUUGUUGCAGAAAAAUUGAACUUGAACACAGAAAACAUUGCUUCUUUGUGGAAAGACAGGGUAAUACUUGAGGUCAAUAUUGCAGUACUCCAUAGUUUUCAGGUAAAAAAUAUUUUACAUAGUUUCCUCAAAAUAAAAGAUUGUUGCAAAAAUUAUAUUUUAAAUGCUGUUUGAUAACGUAUUUAAUAUUUUCAAACUUGUUUUUCCUUUUACAACUUUAAAAAAAAAUAUUUUUUUUAAAUGUACCAAGAGUAGCGGAGUGACCAUCACUGACCAUCAUUCUGCAAGUGAAUCAUUUAUCAAACACAUGGAAAAUGAGUACAAAUUGAGAGGUGGAUGCCCGGGUGAUUGGGUGUGGGUGGUGCCACCACUGGGUGGCUCUAGUUUAGAAGUUUUCCACCAGGAAAUGUUGCUUUAUAAGCUCAAGCCCUCCUAUGAAUAUCAGGUUUGUGUUGAAGUGUAAACAAUAAUUGUACUAUAAUAAAGAAAUAAAGUAUGUUUAUCAAAUUAUUUGCAAAAAGUUGAUAAAUUAUUUUAAAAAUUUGAAGAAAAAAAAUAUAUUGUAACUUGAACAUUUUGGGUUACAUUUGAUUUGCUAUAACAUUUUCAUGUGCAAUAUUUAACUCCAUUUAAGAGUGAUAUACCCUGAAUUUCUUAGUCUCCUUUGAAUUAUUUUAUUUUUAAUUAGAAUUUUUAAAGAUCCAUAUAAUUAAAGAAAAGUCCGAAAAUCAUAGACAUUUUCUGAUCUGACCAGACUAAACAAGAAAUUUGAGGAAAAGUGACCAAAUAUAAUAUUAAUAAUCUAUUUUAUCCCCAUGUGUUCAGUAUUGAAGACUUAGGCCUACUCUAUAUAUUUUAUAUCUUUAUAUUUAAAGGAAGAUGCAUGGUUGACGCACAAGUGGAAAAGAGAUUCUUUAAAAAGGCUUUUUAACAAACAAAAG